CGCAAAUAGUAUAUUUUUUCGAUAAUCUGAGCUGCCCCCUGGGUUACGCUUACGCAAUACGCAUACCCGCGGCGGAACACGCACGCGACACCACCACCCAGCUCCGGACUCCGGACUCCUUCCGCUCCUCCGCUGCCCCGACCCCGAUCGAUCCCUCCUCCCCUCGCCUCCCCUCGUCGCUCUCAGAUCCCUCGAUCUCCACGUCCAGCCCUCACCCCCUAAAUCCCCCAAACCCUACCCACCCCCCUGCCUCCCCAAGCAGCCAUGAUGGCCGCCGAGCCCUCGUCGCCGUCCGCCACAGCCUCCGCGGCCGCCGACGACCUCGAGACCCUCGCCCUCGACUCCUCCCACUCCUCGCCGGCCGCCGCCACCGACCCCCUCCUCCGCCCGCCCUCCUCCUCCUCCAACGGCGCCGCCGCCCGCCACGAGCCCUUCGUCAUCGACGACUUCCUCGACGACGACGACGACAACGAGGACGAGGACGACCACGCGCCCCCGCCUCCCCCCGCCGCCCGCGCGCCGGCCGCCGCCGCGAACGGCGACGCGGGCCCCGAGUUCUCCCGGAUCACCGUCUCGGACCCGAAGAAGCACGCGGAGCCCGUCUCCGGGGCCGCCGGCGUCAUCCCCGGCUCCGGGAGCUACUUCUCCUACCUCGUCACCACGCGCCUCGCCGACGGCGCCGACGAGGUCCGCGUGCGCCGCCGCUUCCGCGACGUCGUCGCCCUCGCCGACCGCCUCGCCGCGGUCCACCGCGGCCUCUUCGUGCCUGCCCGCCCCGACAAGAGCCUCGUUGAGGGCCAGGUCAUGCAGCGCCACGACUUCGUCAGCCAGCGCUGCACCGCGCUCCAGCGCUACCUCCGCCGGCUCGCCGCGCACCCCGUCGUCGGCCGCAGCCCUGACCUCCGCACCUUCCUUACCGAGCCCGGCGCCAUCGCCGCCUUCCAAGGCGAGGCGCCGCGGCACUGGACCACCACGGUGAAUGCCGCCAUCCCAACGGUCCCGGCCAAAGCUGGGAGGGACUUAUUUGGGAUGUUUAAGGAUUUGAAGCAGACCGUUGUCAAUGGGUUGGUGGCCACGAAGCCACCGCCUGUGGAGGAGGAGACUGAU